AUGGCAGGAUUGGUCGAGGAAUUGGCAGAGACUACAGAAGAUUCAAGCUCCUUUUCUGGUGGAUACAGUUACUGUUUCAUUGAUGGAGAUCCUCCCAACAAGUACAUCUGCCACAUCUGUACUCUACCGGCGAGAGAUCCUCAUCAGGUCACGUGUUGUUACAAUAUCUACUGUAGUGUUUGUCUACAGGCACUCAAAGUGAAGGGGCAAAAUGGCUUUAUAUGUCCCACGUGUCGUCAGCCAUUGGAAGGUAAUUACUUUAAAGAUGGUAGGGCCGAUCGGGAAAUAAGAUGUCUUGAAGUCUAUUGUAAUAAUCGUAUGGGGAAGGGUUGUCCUUGGGUGGGUACAGUGACCAAUAUAGAAUCCCAUCUUAAUGUGUGUCCUUUUGAUUUUGUAAAGUGCACUAAUGGAUGUGGGGCAGAAAUGAAAAGAUCAAAACUAAAGACACAUUUGGCAGACCGUUGUUCCAAAAGAAUCAUAGAAUGUCAGUACUGUCAGAGUAGUGGCAUGUACAUGGUUAUAUCCAGUAGUCACCAUUUGGAUACAUGCACUUAUUAUCCAGUUAAAUGUACCAAUAAGGAUUGCUCACUCAAACUGCCGCGAUUUGAAAUGCUCUUGCAUACUGAAGCUUGUGCUAAAACUAUUGUUUCAUGUGAAUACAGUAGCAUUGGAUGUGAUAAGAAAAUCACGCGGGAGAAUUUAGAAAAACACAAUGAAGAAUCGAUGAAAGAUCAUCUCCUAAUGGCUGUUAGAGAAGUGGGGUUACUCAGAGCUGAUGUCAAGAUGCUUAAAGAAAAGGCAAAGAGUGUGGAUGAUAGUGUUAAAUCUUCAAAGACAAACGUUAAUAAAUCAGUUCAAAGUUUGACAUCUAAGGUUACCACCGUUCAGAAUCAAUCAAAGUCUUUACAAGCUCAAGUGACAAAUUUACAAGCCAAAGCUAAGAAGGCUCAGGAAGAAACGGCUAAUUUACAACUGGCCCAAUCUCAACAUGUCAAAGCCAUUGAAUCCCUCACUGCUAAUGUAAGUGCCCAAGAAAUCAAAAACAAAGUCCACAAGCAUGUAUUUAAACUAAGUGGCUUUACUGACAAGAGGGACUCAAAGAAGCCAUGGUACAGUCCUACAUUUUACACUUCCCCUGGUGGUUACAUGAUGGCAUUACGUGUUGAUGUUAGUGGGGAUGCUAGUAAUGAGAGUUCUAUUGGUUGCUAUUUAUGUCUCAUGGCAGGAGAGUAUGAUCAUGCUUUGGAGUGGCCUUUCUCUGGAGUAGCUACUAUAGAACUACUGAAUCAGCUGGAGGACAAGAAUCACAAAACCUAUGAGUUAGUUUUUGACAAUGCUUUACCAGAGUCUUGCAGGGAGAGGGUAUAUGGGAAGACAAGCACUUUAGGAUGGGGUUUUCCUGAAUUUAUUGCUCACUCGGAGUUGGCUAUUUCGUCUACCUCCUUUCAAUAUCUUUGCGAUGACAAGCUUUACUUUAGAGUAACUGUGAAUGUUACAUCUAAGACCAAACCCUGGCUAGAAGAAACAGACAAUUGA